CCGCCGGAGCGCGGCGCAAGCUCUCCCCCCUCGGGACCCCGCGCAGGAGCAGCCGCGCUGACGGACAGACAGACAGACACCGCCCCCAGCCCCAGCGCCCACCUCCUCCCCGGCCGGCGGCCCACGGUGGACGCGGCGGCGAGCGGCGGGCAGCAGCCGGAGCCCGCGCCCGAAGGCGGGGUGGAGGGGGUCGGGGCUCGCGGCAUUGCACUGAAACUUUUCGUCCAACUUCUGGGCUGUUCUCGCUCCGGAGGAGUCGUGGUCCGCGCCGGGGGAGCCGAGCCGAGCGGAGCCGCGAGAAGUGUUAGCUCGGGCCGGGAGGAGCCGCCACCGCCGCCGCCGGAGGAGGAGGGGGAGGAGGAAGGAGAGAAGGAAGAGGAGAGGGGGCCGCGGUGGCGACUCGGCGCCGGGGAGCCGGGCUCAUGGACGGGUGAGGCGGCCGUGUGCGCAGACAGUGCUCCAGCCGCGCGCGCGCCCCAGGCCCUGGCCCGGGCCUCGGCUCCGGGAGCAAGAGGAGCUCGCGGAGGCGCCGAGGAGAGCGGGCCGUCCCGCAGCCCGAGCAGGAGAGGGAGCGCGAGCCGCGCCGGCCCCGGCCGGGCCUCCGAAACCAUGAACUUUCUGCUUUCUUGGGUGCAUUGGAGCCUUGCCUUGCUGCUCUACCUCCACCAUGCCAAGUGGUCCCAGGCUGCACCCAUGGCAGAAGAAGGAGACAAUAAACCCCACGAAGUGGUGAAGUUCAUGGAAGUCUACCGGCGCAGCUACUGCCAGCCGAUCGAGACCUUGGUGGACAUCUUCCAGGAGUACCCUGAUGAGAUCGAGUACAUAUUCAAGCCUUCCUGCGUGCCUCUGGUGCGCUGUGGGGGCUGCUGCAAUGAUGAAAGCCUGGAGUGCGUGCCCACCGAGGAGUUCAACGUCACCAUGCAGAUCAUGCGGAUCAAACCUCACCAGGGCCAGCACAUAGGGGAGAUGAGCUUCCUACAGCACAACAAAUGUGAAUGCAGACCAAAGAAAGACAGAGCAAGGCAAGAAAAAAAAUCAGUUCGAGGAAAGGGCAAGGGGCAAAAACGAAAGCGCAAGAAAUCCCGUCCCUGUGGGCCUUGCUCAGAGCGGAGAAAGCAUUUGUUUGUACAAGAUCCGCAGACGUGUAAAUGUUCCUGCAAAAACACAGACUCGCGUUGCAAGGCGAGGCAGCUUGAGUUAAACGAACGUACUUGCAGAUGUGACAAGCCGAGGCGGUGAGCGGGGCUGGACUGAAGGGGCCUCCCUCAGGGUUUCGGGAACCAGACCUCUCACCGGGAAAGACUGAUCGCCAAUGAGCGCCGCCGCCGCCACCACCACACCGCCACCACCGACAGAACAGUCCUUGAUCCAGAAACCUGAAAUGAAGGAAGAGGAGACUGCGUGAGCACUUUGGGGCCGGAGCGCCAGAGUCCGGCUGAGCGUUCCCGGGCGGGUGACCAAGCACGGGCCCUCUUGGAAUUGGAUUCGCCAAUUUUGUUUUUCUUGCUGCUAAAUCACCAGGCCCGGAAGAUUAGAGUUUUAUUUCUGGGAUCCCCGUAGACACGCCUACCCACAUACAUAACGUUUAUAUAUAUAUAUAUGUUAUAUAUAUAUAAAAAUAAAUAUAUAUAUUUUAUAUAUAUAUAAAAUAUAUAUAUCCUUUUUUUUUUUUAAGUUAACGUUGCUAAUGUUAUUGGUGUCUUCACUGGAUGUAUUUGACUGCUGUGGACUGGAGCUGGGAGGUGAAUGUCCCACCUGAAUCCCAGUAGGGGAGAGGACGGGACGAGACGUUCUGGCUUGGUUCUGUGGUCCCUCGCGGGAAGCCAGGGCCCUCUCCCCUGCCCAGGAACAUGCAAGGCCAGGUGCAAGGGCGAGCGUGGCCGUCUGCUGGGAGUGUGGACAGACCCAGCCCGACCCCGAGCCUCUCGACUCCCAGUCCAGCGGACACAAAGAUGACAGGUCUGGGGACAAAGACGCUGGCUCCGACCCAGAGUUUGUGGGGAGCCUCAGGACGUGGCUGUGCGCUGGGGCUCCCUUCCACGUGCCACACGGGCACCUCACCCCCAGGGGCGCUGCCUGGAAGAUUCAGGAGCCUGGGCAGCCUUCACCUACUGUCAUCUGCUUCCGAGUUGCCCAGGAGGCCACCGGCAGGUGUCCCGGCGGAAGAAGAGUGGACGAAGUAGUAGCCCGGUGACAGCUCCUCCUCCUGGGACCCACCCGCCUUCUCUUCCCGCCUCCCUUCUCCCCCCACUUCCUGGGGUGCAGCCUGGGAGUCGUCAGCCCAUGGAAACCACUAGUUCUGCCCCCCCGUCCCCGGAGAGCUGGCUGUGUGUGUGUGAGUGGUUCCCUCUCCUCUGACCCCAUUCCCCUCCCGAGGCACAGAGACGCAGGGCAGGAUCCACGUGCCCUCCACGGAGGCCGAGAAAGAGAAAAAGUGUUUUAUAUACGGUACUUAUUUAAUAUCCCUUUUUAAUUAGAAAUUAAAACAGUUAAUUUAAUUAAAAAGUAGGGUUUUUUUUCAGUAUUCUUGGUUAAUAUUUAAUUUCAACUAUUUAUGAGAUGUAUCUCCUGCUCUCUCUCGCUCUCUUAUUUGUACUGGUUUUUUUGUGUACAAAAUUCAUGUUUCCAGUCUCUCUCUCCCCGAUCGGUGACAGUCACUCGCUUAUCCUGAACAGAUAUUUAAUUUUUGCUAACACUCAGCUCUGUCCUUCCCUGUCCCCGGCUCCCCACCACACAUUCCUUGGAAAUUAGGUUUCAAUAUACAUCUGCAUACUAUAUAUAUAUUUGGCAACUUGUGUUUGUAUGUAUAUAUAUAUAUGUUUAUGUAUAUAUGUGAUUCUGAUAAAAUAGACAUUGCUAUUCUGUUUUUUAUAUGUAAAAACAAAACAAGAAAAAUAGAGAAUUCUACAUACUAAAUCUCGCUCCUUUUUUAAUUUUAAUAUUUGUUAUCAUUUAUUUAUUGGUGCUACUGUUUAUCCGUAAUAAUUGUGGGGAAAAAAAGAUAUUAACAUCACGUCUUUGUCUCUAGUGCAGUUUUUCGAGAUAUUCCGUAGUACAUAUUUAUUUUUAAACAACAACAAAGAAAUACAGAUAUAUCUUAAAAAAAAACAUUUUGUAUUAAAGAAUUUAAUUCUGAUCUCAAA